UCGUAUUUUGAACGCUGUACUGAGAGAGUGUUGUUCUCGUGCCAUAAGAAAAGUGUAAUCGACUGGAAUUUGCGGAACAUUUCAAGAUUUUUUUUGCUUUUAUUUUUUUUAUCAAAAAAGAAAAAGUCCAAUGAUCAUUUGAAAAGUAUGAUGGACAUACAUGAAUCAGCCCAGGAAUUUCGACAUCUAGCAGUUAAAUCCUCAGCACCAACAGUAAGCGACGAAGACGAAGAAAUGGUGCUAAAUUAUUCUGAUAGCGAGGACGACCAUUCUAGCAAAAAUUCAAAAAGUGAGACUUUAAAAGAUGAAGUGUUGGAUUUGUUAGACAAAGACAAUCAAAUGAAAGUCGCUGAUGAUGAUUAUUCGGAUAAGAAACAAAAUGGUACAAUCAGUGAGACCGGUAGUAAUGACAAACAAACCGAUGUUGUUGCUGAUCUCAAAGAUUUCUUUCCCGUCGAACAGACUGAAGAUGAGGAAAAGAUGAGUUUGCUUGAUAGAUUCUUGUCCAGUGAAGUUGUGGAAAAUGGAAAGGAAAACAUCACUGAAUUGAUAGGAGAUGAGUUGGUUGACGAGGCUGUCAAUGAAGUGAUUGAUGAAAAUGCGCUCUUGGAUGAGAUUACCAACGAUUUGGACCAAGAAGAAUUGGAUGAGGAAUGCCUACUGGAUGAGGACAAUACCGAAACCGAGAGUAAAGGUGAUGCUGUCACGAGUACAGAAGUAACUGAUUCGAAGCCUGUUGAUGAGUCAGCGGAUGGAGAGGAAAAUUCGAAGACUAUUCCAGAAAAAGCGGCUGAAACAUCGAUCGAGGAUAGCAGUGAAGCGGCUAGCGUUGAACAAAUGGAAGUUGACGAUCACGAAAGUCCUGUAUCGACAGAAGAUCCCAGUGAAAAAGAGACGGAAAUUGUUGAUCGAAAAGUGGAGGAAAAAUCUGUUGAAUCAACGGCUAUUGAAUUGGAAACAGAUUGCACCGUAAGCGCAUCAAAAGUUGAUGAUGAUAACGACAACAACUUACUGGAAGAAAUGAUAGAUUCACCGCGUAGCUCCGAACACGAAUCCAUGACUAGUGAAGUGUUGGAAAAGGAAGACACAGUUGCCCAUGAUUUCAAUGAAGAUGAAAAGCUGGAACAACAGCUGAUUGUUCAAUCGUCGAAUGAUAACAGCAAUAUGAGUGAGAGCGGUGCAUUAACUCCAGAGAUGAGCUCCGGUGCGGACAUUAAAUUCAAACACGAUGGUGAACUCCAUAUAAUGGAUGAUGCUGGCGAUGCGAAUGUUCCGUCCGAUGAAGUCAUUAAGGAACCGAAAGUAGAAAUCGACGUGAACGUUACAUGCAAGCAGGAAGAGGUAGAACCUGUCGAAUCAGUGAAAAAAGAAAUUGAAGACGAAAAUGUCGGUACCGAUGAAGCAGUCGAUCAAACAUCUUCGGACGGUUUAGAAAAGGCGAACGAAGAAAGCAUUAGCAUUGACGCAAAUAUAGCGAAAUCUCCUGAGCCUGUUGGUAAACGUAAAUGUGAUUCUGAGAUCGAUGCGCCUGAAAACAAGAAAAAACGCAUUGAAGAAACUUCGAGCAAUAGUGACAACGUUGGUGUGACGGAAGAUACAAUGUGUGUUGACAACGACAUCGAUAUUGCUGAUGAGAGCAACGACGUCACCGCGUUAGAUUCCACCGACAACAAUGUUCAAAAGGAAAGUGACACCAACAAAGAUGAUGAUGAUGAUGUCUUGAUUGUGGGUGAAACGAAACAAACGGAAAAGGCAGAAGAUUCACAGGUGUCAACGGCACCUAAAAUUCAGGAACCAGUUCAAAAAGCUAAAAUUUUAAUUCUCGACACUCAAGCGAUAGCAAAAGAUUUGUGUGAUGAAACUGUUGAUACAACAAGUGGUGCUGAAGUUGAAAGUACUGUUCAUCCCGAAAAUGACUCGGAAGUAUCAAGCAGUCAGAAAGAUGCAGUCAUCGAAAAAGAAGCUGAAACAUCGGUUGAGAAAAAUGAUGAAACUAGUGAGACAAGAACUAAGGCUCCAUCGAAAUUUACAUUGGAUCCAGCUCCUCAAAAGACCCUGAGUCCAACAGCAUUUUCACUGGAUUUUGUGCGAACAUUCAAGAAAAAUUUCGACAAAAUGACCCGUAACGACCUCGAAGAACUCUUGAUACAGAAAUGCGUCGAAGUGAUUGUUCAUAAAUCCGACUACGCGGACAUGAGAAAUAAAAUCGAGAAACAGGAAAGCAAACUACAAUCGUUCAGUACUAAAUAUCAAGAAUUAAGCAAACAGUAUCGUGAUUUAGAAAUGGUGCAUCAACGUGUCAUCAAAGACAUGGAACUGAAAAAUCAAAGUGUUGUUACACCAGUUAAAAUUACUCGAGCAGUCGGUCUGCAAGUUAGUUUACCGCGCAAAGAAAUCACUGUACAGAAACCACCACCACCUGCCGCACAAGCCAAUAAUGCAGUGCUUGCUCAACAAAAUGCAGCUUUGGCGAAGAAUCGACGUAAGGUUCUACCUCAGCGGCCUAACGACCCGAAUGCAAAUAUUCAACAGCAGCAGCAAAUCAUGAGACAAAACAUGAUGCUAGCAAGACGAAAUGAGGUUCAAAUGCAGCAACGCAAUCAAUUCCAUCCACAGCAGCAGCAACAACAAGGGCAAAAUAAUCUACUGAAGCAACAAUUAAUUCAAAACAACAGUCCGAAUAAUAAUUUAAGACAACCCGGAAACAUCAGGAAACAGUUCUCACCAGUAGCGACAAAUCAAAUGCAAAACUCUAGUCCUAAAAACCCUGCACCAGCAGAAAGACGAGUGCCGCCGGUAAUUCUUAAGAAAAUGACUCCAACGCGGAUAUCUACAAUAAGCAUGACUCCCGGAUCCAACACCACAUUGUACAGUAGUCAGUCGAAAAUUGCGAACACAUCAAUUACGCGAUCAUCAACCGCAUCGUCGUCAAUGAACAAUCUGAUCGAUCUGACCGACGAAGAAGAUUCCAAACGUGUUGCGCAAAAUGGCACUAAUCCGCCCGCUCUGGUUGCUAUUCCAAACAAUCACGGUAACAAAACGGUAGUAGGACAAGGUAAAGUAAAUUUCGUAACUGUGAAACCGGGCACACCUCAAGCACAACUGCAAAUGGUUCAGCAAAAUCGACUAGCGUCGAUGCAUAAAGUUGGGGGUGCUUACGUUCCCAUUGCACCAAAAUCAAAUGGAACAACGGGACAAAUUGUUCAACUGGCCAGAAAGCAACAACCAGCAACAACACUAACACCGGUUCAACGUCGCCAACAUCCAGCCCCACUACCAUAUCCUAACAAUCAACCGACAAAUCCGUACUGGAAGUUAAUACCACCGCGUCCAAUCAUUCGUAUCAACAAAAUUGAGACGGGUAUCGUCAUAUCGUGGACGAUGGAUGAAAUUACGGAUCAACAUGCCGUAGUUGCAAGUUAUCAAAUUUAUGCCUACCAAGAAACAUCCGCAGCUCCUUCACCGGAAACAUGGCGUCAUGUUGGCGACGUUAAGGCUAUGCUACUACCGAUGGCUGUUACGCUAACACAAUUCCAAGAGGGCCAGCAGUACCAUUUCGCAGUCCGUGCGGUUGACGAACACAGUCGAUACGGUAUAUUCAGCUUGCCAAAGACAUGGACCUAGAGGGUAGCGUCGAUAAGGAAUUAAAAUUCGGAUAAUGUUGGUCCUAUGUGCAAAAUAUAAUUUAUUAAUUUUGGCACUCAUCAUUUUUUGUUUAGAAAUCGUUUUAAUUUAAAAAUAACAAAAUACACAAGAUCAUGUG